AUGUCUAUCACUCAUCUUGUACUAUUCCAAUUCAAGUCAGAUACAGAGCCAAGGUCUGUUCGCGAUGCCUGCGAGCGAAUGGCCGCCCUGAAAGAUAGAUGUCUUCACCCGUCCUCGCAGAAGCCAUAUAUUACAUCGGCCUCUGGUGGAAAAGAUAACUCCCCGGAAGGAGCGCAGGGAGGCAUUACGCAUGCUUUCGUUAUUAAUUUCGCGAAUGCUGCUGAUCGUGACUAUUAUGUGAAGGACGAUCCUGUGCACCAAGAAUUUGUCCGAAGCUUGGGGGGGCUCGUUGAGAGGGCGCAAGUGAUUGAUUUCACCGACGGUAUCUUCUGA